AUGUUGUGUGAACGAGUAGCAAAUGUGAGGUGCAAAAAAGUCAUAAUGAAUCGACAAGAUAGCCACGAAUUCGUGCCGGAACAUGUAACAAUACAAAUAGUCGAUUUUAACCCGGAAUUUAGAAAAAAGGGGUUAGUUGCAAUCGACGUGGCAGUGAAGAACUACGUGAAAGCAGUGGAAUCACAGAAAAAUGAAAAAAGUGACCGAGAUUCCACAAUAGACGAGACAGUAAAAAGGUUCUUCGAAUAUGUGAAGAAAAAAUAUCUGGAUAAGCCGGACCCGAAUUAUCGCAUAGGAGGACUGAUGGCAGUGGCCUGCGCAGCACUGGCCCUAGACAAAAACCUCACCAGAUACUCCGGAAGCUUCAUUAAACAGGUGCUGCUGUCAUUCUAUGACCAGGACAUCAAGGUCAGGUACUACGCGUGCGAGUCGCUGUACAAUAUAAUUAAAAAGUGUAAAUUUGAAUCGAUAUCAUGCGUGGAUGAGAUAUUUGAUGGAAUAUGUAAAAACGUAAGAAAUGAAAUACAGUUAACGUGUGACGUGGACGAGGAUGUAAAAUACGCAUCCCAAAUGUUAAACAGACUGCUGUGCGGAAUAAUACUGGAGCUCGACGACGUACCAAUGGACCUGAUCACAGACAUGCUGGCAAACAGAAUAUUCGUGAUAAACCCGUUUAUCAGACACCUAAUAGUGAGUUGGAAGAAAAUAAAGAUAUUUGCAGAUUUCAUGGGUGGGAUAGACAUGAUAGAGUACCUGCCGAAGGUGUUUUUGGGGCUAUCGAACAUGCUGACGGACACGAAUAAAGACGUGAGGAACUCGGCGGAGUCGUGUUUAAACGACUUCCUGGCCAUGUUUAAGAAGAAGUACUCAGGAACGCAGCUGAUGAACGAUGAGCUGUUUAAGGUGAUACUGUUGAACUGUAAGAGGACGGAGCACGCAAUAAAGAUGCCAAACGUGGUGUGGAUGAAGGAAAUAUCGGCAAUACAGCCGCAAAUCAUACACUUCAGAGGGUUCUACCAGUUCCUAGACUUUAUAAUAGCAUCGAUGGAAGACGCGCACGAGGAAAUAAAUAAAAUGGCAAGUGAAGCAAACAGGCUGUUGUACGAUAACGUUAACACAGUCAAGUCACUAUCGCACGUGGAUCAAAUCGCAAAAGCACUGACGCAGAGAAUACUUGAGUCGCAGAACGAGCAGGUGAUACUGUCAGUGCUGGAUUGGUUCUGUUUAAUGUUGGAGAUAAGUCCAGGAAAAAUGGACUCACUGUGCGGAUUCUUGUCGAAAUCAGUGGUAGCAUGCUUUAAACAGUCACAUUCACAGCCAAUAAUGGAGUCGACUCUGAAGACGUUCUUCAUGCUCAUAUCAAUGGGCGACAAGCACUUUGAACUGCUGGCACUGGAGCUGCUGGAGUUGUUCAAAAACGAAAAGAACCUACUGGAGGAAAGCGGGAGAGUAAUUGUGCUCAAUCUUUGUAAACAAGUUGGAUUUGAACGAUUCUAUACAAUAAUUACAAAUUCAAUGAAGCUAUCAAAUGACAAACAUUUCCUAAAUAUCAUGGUACAUAACCUUAAUUGGACACUGUUAACAUCCGUUGAGGCACAGGAGUUCAGAAACGCUCUUUUAACCCAGGAGAAGAGGAGUUUAGCAGACCAGCUGCAAGAGAUAUGGAGUUUCAAUUCAGCAUCAGCUCUAUCAUUUGCACUGUGGACAGAGAAGUACGACCUGGCGCAGGAGAUUGUAAACGACAUAUCAACUUCGACUCUGAGCAUUGAUUUCCUAGUAAAUUUGGAUCAGAUAGUGCAGCUUAUGGACACGCACAUUUUUAUAAGACUGCGACUGCAUUUGCUGAAGCCAGACGUGUAUCCGAGUCUAUUGAAGUCGCUAUUAGGUAAACAGAAGCACAUAUUGUACUGUAAAUACGUUGUAGGACUAUCGAUGAUACUUCCGCAAAACGAGACUAAUAGAAACCUGAUGAGGAGACUGAAUAUGUCACAGCUAACCUUGUUAGGACAGCAGCUGAGAAUGUAA